AAAACGAAUCGCAAAAGGCCGCAAUACACAUAACUCGCGAAAAGAAAGUCGACAUUGCCAAAAAACAGUCCAGUCGUAAUGUUUACCAGUGUCAUAUCAUCGGUCCAAGGUCUUGUGGAAAAACAUCUAUUUGUAGGAGCUUUCUCGGUAUAGCCCAUAAGGAGAAGUACUUAGUUUUGAAAGAAAUACCUAUCACACGUGUCUCAGAUCCACUGCAGCCGCACGAAGUAAACUGUGACGUUGCCUGUUUAGUUUACGACGUAGCUGCCAGCCGUUCUUUGAAUAUAUCGCUAGGAUUUAUAUUAAAUACUUUGCCGAGAGUCAUAUCCCUGUUUUAA